CAGGCUACAGAACAUGGGGUCACCAAGAGUCUGAUGUAACUGAGCACCUGAGCACGCACAGGGAGUCUCCUUAAAAGAUUAACUCUCAAACUCAGGAUGUUGGGCCACAGUGGGGAGGGAGCCUCACACACCACCAGCUCCGGAGCAAGACAGAACUGAGGAACCCUGCUCUCUCACAGGAACCCCAGAUGUGAAAUAUCUUUUCAACAGACCUGAUCCCAGCACCAGGUCUAAGGACAACCUGUAGAAUUUUUCCACCGUAGAAUGAAGCUGGAACCUAGGAAUUCUACCAUUGAGGUGCAACAGAAGAAGAGAACAAAACAACAUACACACGCAGCUUAAGUUUUGGAGCAACACAUGCUUGAGCCCAAAUCCUGGCUCACUGGUUUCUGGUUGGCCAGUCAGUUUCCUCAGUUUCCUCAGUUUCUGAGCCUCAGUUUCCUCAUCUGUAAAAUGGGCAGUAAUCCCAAGUGCACAGGACUGUGUGAAAGAACACAUUUCAGAGAGUACUUGCGGGAGGUUCCUCCCAGUGAUAGCAUGUAUAUCUUUAAACACCUUAACUAAAAAGUUGUAAAGUCUUUUGAAACUAGAAAUAGUGGUCUGGUGCCCUGUGCUACUGGGUGUAUCAUUUUGGGAAAGACAGAGAGAAACAAUUUUGCUGGAGUAGCCACUGGCGACAUCCAAACAGCCACCCCCGAGACCCCCAGGAGGAGCCUAGGGGAGCAGCACGGGCAGGCGGCAGCGGCUCUGCUCCCAGGCCUCCUGUCCAGAGGAGGAGCCCGCACAGACGAGGGCCAGGCCUCCGGGUCCCCAUGGGCACAGACAGCGCGCCAUUAUGAGGCAGCCUGCAGCUGGGCCCUGCUGGAGAUAAAGGCCAUGAUUUAUUCCGCACACCCAAAGGGGGCCUCAUUAUACAGGGCAGGACACAAGGACCCUACAGCAAGUAUCCUGAAAGAAUCCCCCUCAUUUGACCAAACAAGACUCCUCGGCCUCCCACCCUUCCGCAUUCAUAAGAACCCCCCUCUGCCGAUGGCCAGUGCAGGCUCAGGCGCCCAGGCCCGUUGUCAUGGCAACCAGCCCCUCCCUGGCCCCCUCCCCUCAGUAGGAAAUUACCGUUCUGAAACGUCCUGUUGUCUGUCGGUCCCAGCCAAGCCCCCCACCCAGCCGGCGCCCACUCCACGGCUUCGUAGACAGUCACACACUCGGCCUCUGUGAUGCUCUGCGGCCCAGCUGGGGGAUGGGGGGUGUGCUGGGACACACUGGAAUAUUCACAGCCCAGGGGCAGCAGAGGCAGCCAGAGGACUGGCCCACCGCACAGGGGGCCCCUCAGGAAUGAAGCAGCCUUUCAGGGCCCGAGGGGGUGCAGCCUCCCCGCCUCUCCUUAAAUAGCCAGCCGGCCUCUACCACGGCCACACGGAGCCACCACCCGCCCACAGGCCGCAGCCCACCUGCUGCCCCAGACCCGCUGUGAGAGGCUCAGUGCCUCUGCCUCUGGCUGAAGCAUGAAUGGCCUCGAGGUGGCCUCCCCAGGUCUACUGCCCAACUCCUCCCUGGCCCCUGUGGAGCAAUGCGGCCAAGAGACGCCCCUGGAGAACGUCCUCUUCGCCUCUUUCUACCUCCUGGAUUUCAUCCUCGCUUUUGUGGGCAACGCCCUGGCCCUGUGGCUCUUCAUCCGGGAUCACAAGUCCAGCACCCCGGCCAACGUGUUCCUGAUGCACCUGGCCGUGGCCGACCUGUCCUGCGUGUUGGUCCUCCCCACCCGCCUGGUCUACCACUUCUCAGGGAAUCACUGGCCUUUUGGGGAGAUCCCAUGCCGGCUCACGGGAUUCCUCUUCUACCUCAACAUGUACGCCAGCAUCUACUUCCUCACUUGCAUCAGCGCUGACCGCUUCCUGGCCAUCGUGCACCCCGUCAAGUCCCUCAAGCUCCGCAGGCCGCUCCACGCCCACCUGGCCUGCGCCUUCCUCUGGGUGGUGGUGGCCGUGGCAAUGGCCCCGCUGCUGGUGAGCCCGCAGACGGUGCGGACCAACCACACGGUGGUCUGCCUGCAGCUGUACAGGGAAAAGGCCUCCCAGCACGCCCUGGCGUCCCUGGCCGUGGCCUUCACCUUCCCGUUCGUCACCACCGUCACCUGCUACCUGCUGGUCAUCCGCAGCCUGCGGCAGGGCCCGCGCGUGGAGCGGCGCCUCAAAAACAAGGCGGUGCGCAUGAUCGCGGCGGUGCUGGCCAUCUUCCUGGUCUGCUUCGUGCCCUAUCACGUCCACCGCUCCGUCUACGUGCUGCGCUACCGCGGCCACCGCACCUCGUGCGCUGCGCAGCGCGCGCUGGCGCUCGGCAACCGCAUCACCUCCUGCCUCACCAGCCUCAACGGUGCGCUGGACCCCGUCAUGUACUUCUUCGUGGCCGAGAAGUUCCGAGAUGCCCUGCGCAGCCUGCUGUGUGGCAAGCGGCUCCCAGGGCCGCCGCCCAGCGCCGACGGGAGGACCAACGAGAGCUCGCUGAGCACCAGGUCGGAGCUGUGAGCCUGGGCCCCAACCCCUCCCCAACCCCACAAGGACCACCCUGCAACCUCACCGAGGAGGAGCCCGCCUCCCUUGGGAAAAGAAACCGAAACCUCGCCGGUCACCAUCACCUGCUUCCAGGUCCGAACUCAUCACCGUUGCCCAGUUCUGUCUGGGCUGUCCGCAGAUGCCUGGCGAGGCCGCACUGAAGGGGCCAGACCGCCGCUCCUCUGCGGGGACUGGGCUGAGCCUGCUCAUUCACAGCCGCGAGACACUCAGUGACUUGGACCCCACCCCCCCUCGCCCGGUGAGGAGCAAGGAGGCCAGAGGAACAGUCCUGAACAGUGAGCCUCUUUCUCUCCCAAGUGCCCCCUGCGAGGCUCUCACAACAGAAACACAUGGCGGCGAAGCUUGGCAGAGAUAACUCAGGAGACAGCCGGGAGCGGCCUGCCAGAAGAGGGGCACGGUGGGGGCAGCGCUCGGUGGAGGGCCAGGAGAAGGUGUCUGGAGAUUUCCUCUCAAGUGCAAGGUGCUCUGAGUUCCCUUUGUGGCCCCUUUCCCAAAGGCCCCUGCGUUUAGGGGACACAGGCAGUACACGAGAGCCGAACACUCUAAGCACGUUUCAGGGUGAUUGAUCUCCAGGUGACGUCCAGCAACACAGGGCCUGUGGGUCCCGCCUGCCACACACAGACCUGCAUGUGCCGACAAUCCCCAGCGCUUCUCAGCAGCUGCCCUGUCCCUUCUGAGUCCCGGGGGAGCACAGACUAUGAGGGGGCCAUCACGGGGAGCCCAGCUUCAUCACUGCCGGGUGUGGGGGGCACGCAGCCUGGCCCACGAAUCUAUCUCCCCCUAACCCAGACCCAGCAGGGGCAGGGUCCUACUCCUCCCCAAGAGGCCUUCCCCUGGCUGGCCAAGAUGGAAGGUGUUUUGCUUAGAGGGUGGCCUGUAUGCCCCUCAAGAGUCCUUUUAUGUACUUGGUUAUACUGAUCAUAAGGGCUUCCCUCGUGGCUCAGUUGGUGAAGAAUCUGCUUGCAAUGCAGGAGACUGCCUGCAAUGUAGGAGACCCGCAUUCGAUUCCUGGGUCAGGAAGAUCCCCUGAAGAAGGAAACAGCAACCAGCUCCAGGAUUCUUUGCCUGGGAAAUCCCACGGACAGAGGAUCCUGGCAGGCUACAGUUCAGGUCACAAAGAGUUGGACACGACUGAAGCAACUUAGCAUGCCUGCAUACUGAUCAUAAACAUAACUGUACUUUAA